AUGAUAAUAAUUAUAAUUGCUUCCUUUUUUCCUAUAUCAGAAUGUCAGAAUUACGGAAGUCUUAACAGCGGUGACAGAAAGGUUACGUACACUACUCGCGGCUAUAAUUGUGACAGUGGAAUCGGACCUGGUUGGUUUCGUUUUGAGGGGUCCGCCGGUACAAGAAUGCCAACCUCAUGUCCACCUACCGAUAGGUGUAACACCUAUGGAACCGGCUGGAUGAAUGGUGGACACCCCACAGUAGCGGAUGGUCAGGUCAACAGGACGGCGUGUUUUCAUGCUCAUAGUAACUGCUGUUACUUUUCAACAAACAUCAAAGUGAGAAAUUGUGGUUCAUAUUAUGUGUACUAUCUUAGUGGUACGGCAUAUACUUGUAAUCUCCGUUAUUGUGGCACUGACUAA